AUGGCUGCACGCAUUGCCGCUUUCCUUGGCGCUUUGCCCUUUGUGGUCUCAGUUGUCAUCCCCGAUAGUGCCGCCACGAAGAUCGUUCACAAGGACGUUGUCAUUCUCGGCGGAGGCGCAUCCGGGUCUCAUGCCGCCAUCAGGCUUCGCGAGGACUACAACAAGACGAUUAUCGUCGUCGAGAAACAAGCCCGCAUCGGUGGCCAUGUUGCGACCUUCACUGAUCCCGAGACGGGCAACAACUACGACUACGGCGUCAACUCCUACACCGAUUACACGGGUGCCCGCGAAUUCGUCGCGCGUCUGAACGUCUCGGUCGCGACGCCCGCCCGCCUGGCCCUGACUACCACCUACGCCGAUUUCAAGACUGGCAAGCCGACAAACUACUCGCUGCCGGCCGCCGCUGACACCACGGCCGCCCUGAGGACUUACCUUGCGCUCUGCGAGAGGUACGAGGAGAACCUCCUCCCUUCGUACGCCAAGUUCCCAAACGUCACCGAGGGCAUCCCGAAAGAUCUCACACUGCCAUUCAUUGACUUCGUCAAGAAGUACGCUAUCGAGGCCGCCGUCCCGCGCAUCUUCCAGGUCACCGGUCUGGGUAUGGAUGACUUCGCCCGCCAGUCGACGCUGUACGUCAUGCAGACCUUUGGCGCGCCCAUCACGCGGUCCUUCUUGGGAAUUGUAGGGUCGUUCGUCCCCGUUUCUAAGAGGAACUCUGACAUCUACGACGCCAUCGCCAGGCGUCUCGGUAACGACGUCAUGUACUCUUCCACCGCCAUUCAGACAGCCCGUUCUGACAACGGCGUCGAAGUCCUUGUCGAGAGUGCGGACAAAUCGCGUACCCUCAUCCGCGCCAAGAAGCUCCUCAUUUCUUUCGAGCCGACCCUGCACAACUUGAACGGAAUCGACAUCGACGAGGAGGAAACCUCUGUCUUUGAGAAGUGGAGCUGGUCCACUGUCUAUGCUGGCAUUGUCUCCCACCCGUCUCUGCCCAGGCUUGCCUCCUACACCAAUACCGCCCCCUCUAGGUGGAUGUCCCUCCCGGAGCUCCCCUUUGUCGGCCGCUUCGACUACCUUGGCGACGACAAUUACCGCGUCCUGGUCAGUGGCGACAGAAACUUCAACAGCCGCGAGGCGCGGAAGCUCGUCCAGGAGUCACUAAAGCAGCUCGCCGCGGCCGGGACCGUUCCUGGCCUGGGUAACGGCGCUGUUCAGAUCAAGGCCUGGGCCGACCAUGGCGCCAUGCAGCUUCACUUUGAGAGGAAAUACCUCGAGGCUGGGGCUAUCGCUAAACUAUACGCGCUCCAGGGCCGCAGGAGCACCUACUUCACCGGCGGCGCGUGGUCUGCGCAGUUCACCACCAUCUUGUGGGAGACUAACAACCAAUACGUGCUGCCCAAACUAUUAGCCGAUUUGUAA